UUGUCAGUGUCAAAUUUGUUUUUUACCUUUGCCUUCCCGUUCGAGUAAAUAAAAAAAUAAAGACCCAACCCAACUUGCAUUGUUUUUUGUUUACUUUAAAAAUAUUAUUAUAGAAUCUCAAAUUGUUACUGAAAUGGGCCAAGGCAAAAGCCAAUUUACUGAAGAAGAACUACAGGAUUACGAGGAUCUGACAUACUUUACAAAAAAAGAGGUUUUAUUUGCACAUCAGAAGUUUAAAGCGUUAGCGCCAGAAAAAGUUGGUCACAAUAAAAAUGCUAAACUACCCAUGGCAAAGAUACUCCAGUAUCCUGAACUGCGAGUAAACCCCUUCCGAGAUCGCAUUUGCAAAGUAUUCAGUUCAAGCAAUGAUGGAGAUUGCACAUUCGAAGACUUUUUGGACAUGAUGUCUGUAUUUAGUGAAAUGGCCCCGAAAGCUGUAAAAGCUGAACAUGCCUUUAGAAUAUUUGAUUUUGAUGGUGAUGACAUGAUUGGUGUGUCAGAUUUGCGAGAAGUGAUUGAACGGCUCUGUGGUCCCGAUUUGAAGCUUAGCGAUUCUGAGAUUCAGCAACUUGUACAGAAUGUGUUGGAAGAAGCAGACUUAGAUGAUGAUGGUGCAUUGUCUUUUGCAGAAUUUGAACAUAUUAUUGACAAAAGCUCUGAUUUUUGCCAUUCAUUCAGAAUACGACUAUGAAUAGAAAGGUGUGGUGGCCUUAUAAAAGUAUCAAUAGAUCUCAUGAUUUUGAUGCGUAAUUACCAUCCUAAUAUGUGACAGAUUAGAGGCUAAAAAUCAGGUUAUUUAAGCUUGAAUAACUAGCGGUCAAGCCAAAGUUACCAUAUUUUCAUACCUAUAUCGAAUUAAAUAACAUACAUUCACUAGAUUAAUUGAUACAAGUAUCAAGAAUAGCGCAUAAUAGGCCAGAGCGGACCGCAGCGCAUCGCAAAAUGCGUACUUAGCACAUUAGAUAGAGCGCAGAGGGGCGGGACGCAUCGCAUCGCACGCAACGCAACCGAAAUCCGCGGCGGAUUAUGCGGCCCGAUGCGCCCCGGCGAUUGGAGCGGAUUUUUGCGCUGCAUUUGUAUUGUCAUUGCCUUGUAAUUUGUAUUUUCAGUGUAAAAAUUGAUAUUGAAUUAGAAAAAAAUAAUAAUUUAAAAGUAAAAUAAAUUGUGCAUGUAAAUCAUUUCAGUAGAUGAUAAAAUGAAAAUACCGUUUAAGAUACAACUUCAUUUACACUGGUCAAUAACUUCUGACCUUUUUCUAUUCAAGUACCUAACCAUUUAUGGCUCACAAAAGCUCAGUAGAAUUUUUAUAUUACACUUUACAAAUAGAAUUUUGAAUCUUAUUAACUAUGAUCUUAAUAUUUUAGAAAUUAUUUUUAUUGCAUUUUUAUAAUAGAAAUAUUGUAUAUUAAGUGAAAUGAAAUUUGUGUUGACAGGAUGUUGUCUUAGUCUUCCUUUAAUUUAUAAUAAGUAAUCAUAAAAUUUAUAUUUACUCUUGUAUGAAUCUGUUGAUUAAAUUGUCUCAUUUUAUACAAUUUUAUUAUGAAUUAAGUACCUAAAUGUAAGACUAUUGAAUAAUGUACUGCCAAAUAAAUUUUGAAUUAUGAUAAUUUUGUUCAUUUGAAACCUGUAUCCAAAAUAAAACAAAUAUUGGUGUCAUGAUUCUGAAUUUGACGACGGAGUAUCCUUCUCAUUCUUUACAAAGAAAGAGAAAAAGAGAGACUGGUGUUAAAUUUAGUUUUAAGUUUGGAGAAUCAUUAUUAUUAUUUUUUUUCUAUCCUACUAGUUGUUUAUUUCAGAUUAUUUAUAAAAAGAUUAUAUUACAAUACAUUAAAAUUAAAACUUAAAAACACAAACUUAAAAACUAUAUAGCUUAACCUACAUAAAUAAAUAAUUUACAAAAUAAAAAAUAUAUAACCCCCAGCCCCGCCAUCAGGAAUGGUGCCCAAAAUUUUUUAAUUAAUUUUUGUUAUUUUAAGCAUGUAACUGCUCAAUGUUUACAUGUAAAGAAAAUAUUACUAGAAAAAAAUCCACAUGGAACAGGCAGCAGACAGGACUCGAACCUGCAUCCUUCACUAUCUGGGUGAAUGCAAUGACCAUUCUGCUACCACGGCCCUGAUGGCAGAGUCAAAUUCUUUCUAGCCUUUAUUAAACUGCAAGAAUCAUGCCAGCACACCUUUUUGUGGUCAAAUUAAGAAAAUUUGUAUAUAUCUAUUCAAAUUAAUUGUUAUAAAACACCAUGUUUAACAGUUAUACGUUUAGUUGCUCAAGAUGUCUGAAAUAAUAGUUUCCGACUCAUCAAAUUACAAGUUUCCUUGUCACUGAUAAGAAAUCUUCAUCUGAGCCUGCAUAGACUGAUCAUUGUAUUUUUCUGUGGAUUUAGAUUAGGAAGCUCUUUAAGUCUAUUGAAAUAAAUUCUAAAAUAAUCAACACCAUUAAAGCAAUAUAAAAAUAUUUAUUUAACGAAAUAUAAUAAAGUAUAAACUUUAGCUUAUGUAUUAAUGCUAAUUUUGCAGAUAACCUGGCAAUUUCAUUCUCAUAAAGAUCCAUGUAGUGAAGAAAGAUACCAGUAUACAAAGGAAUGCAACAGAUAUGAGCAAAAUCCUAUUCAGUUUCGGUGUAGAUGGGUUAUGUGUGCGGUCGAGAAUUAUAAAACCCAAGCCUCCAAGUGAAAACAGAAAACUGGAUGCUAAGCCUUCCAUAAUGUACUGUCCAUUUACCCGGUUGGGCAUAAAUGCGACUGGCCUGCUAUGACCAUGCUCAUCAGUCGUUGAUCCGACGCUCGGGGGCUCCACGAUGACAUCGUAAAUGCUCCUGUAACCAGAAAGUACGAUAGUAACACUAAUGAAAAUGUUGUCAUUGCCGAUGGGGCCUGCAACCAUGUCGGCUUUUUUAUCUUUAUAUUCGGUACUUCGAGAACUGUAAACGGUAAAGCAAAUAAUGCUUCCAUUAUAAAAAUCUGAAAAGUCCGGCUUUUGUAAACUAGGCAGGAAAUCGCUCAAAAGUGGUUGAGCUGACGUUUUGACGUUGACGUUUAUUCUGACGUCGCUAAUA